AGGCCAACACUCAGUCUGUUUCGAGUCCCUCCAAUACAGAGCACCAGCCUGCCUGACUCUCGUACUCCCCCUCUUUGUAGCCCUUCUCUGUGAGCCAAGAUGUCGAUGAGAACCAAGAAGACCACCAGCUACUCGGUGGUUUCGUCCGGGACGGCCCCCCGCAGCUUCAGCAGUCUGUCCUACGCUGGCUCCGGUCGCCACGGCUACGGCGGCGGCGGCUCCUUCGGGGGCGCCAGCAGAGGCGCAGGGGGCAGUUUCAGGGCUGGCGGCGGUGGCGGGUACAUUUCCAGCUCUGCGGCCUACGGAGGGGGCAUGGGGCUGGGCAUGGCGGCGGGAGGGGGUGCGGGCAUGGGCAUGGGCAUGGGCACGGGCAUGGGCAUGGGCAUGGGCAUGGGUUUUGGUGCUGUUACCCCUGUCACCGCUGUCACCGUAAACAAGAGCCUGCUCGCACCCCUCAAUCUGGAGAUUGACCCUUCCAUCCAAGUCAUCCGCACACAAGAGAAAGAACAAAUCAAGACCCUCAACAACAGAUUCGCCUCCUUCAUCGAUAAGGUGAGAUACCUGGAGCAGCAGAACAAGAUGCUGGAGACCAAGUGGAGCCUCCUCCAGGGUCAGACAACCACCCGCUCCAACAUCGACGCCAUGUUUGAGGCCUACAUCGCCAACCUGCGCAGACAGCUGGUCAGCCUGGCCAAUGACAAGGCAAAGCUGGAGUCCGACCUGGACAACAUGCAGGGACUCGUCGAGGACUUCAAGAAUAAGUACGAAGACGAGAUCAACAAGCGCACCGAAUGUGAGAAUGACUUUGUGGUCAUCAAAAAGGAUGUGGACGAGGCCUACAUGAUGAAGGUGGAGCUGGAGGCCAAGCUGGACGGGCUCACGGACGAGCUGAACUUCCUGAGGUCCAUCUAUGAGGAGGAGCUGCGUGAGCUGCAGAACCAGGUGAAGGACACCUCCGUGGUGGUGGAGAUGGACAACAGCCGCAAGCUGGACAUGGACUCCAUCGUGGCCGAAGUGCGCGCCCAGUACGAGGACAUCGCCAACCGCAGCCGCGCCGAGGCCGAGUCCUGGUACAAGACCAAGUAUGAGGAGAUACAGACUUCUGCUAGCAGAUAUGGGGAUGACCUGAAGUCCACAAAGGGAGAGAUUGCUGACCUCAACCGAGCAAUCGUGAGGAUCCAGUCUGAGAUUGAACUCGUCAAGGGGCAGCGCGGCAACUUGGAAAACCAGAUCGCUGAGGCGGAGGAGCGCGGCGAAAUGGCUGUGAGGGACGCCAAGCACCGCAUCAAUGACCUGGAGGAGGCCCUGUUCAGGGCUAAGCAGGACAUGGCUCGUCAGAUUAGAGAGUACCAGGACCUGCUGAAUGUUAAGCUGGCCCUGGACAUUGAGAUCGCCACCUACAGGAAGCUGCUGGAAGGAGAGGAGGACAGGCUGGCCAGUGGGAUCAAGAGCAUCAGCGUCUCCAAACAGAGCUAUGCCCCAAAUUACAGCUCCUUCCCCAUGGAGAGCGCCAGGACCAGCUACAGCAGCUACAGCAGCGGCUACGGGGGAGGCUAUGGGGGCGGCUACGGGAAAGGCACUGGCGGUGGCUCUAGCUUUAGCAGCGGCACUGGCAGUGGUGUCAGCAUGAGCAGCGGAACCGGUGGCGGUGUUAGAAUUAGCAGCGGUACCGGUGGCGGUGUUAGCAUUAGCGGUGGAAUUGGCGGAGACAUCGAUGGCGACGAUUACAGUACAAUCACCCAGUCCAAGAAGAGCCUUGUGAUCAAGAUGAUUGAGACCAAGGACGGAGAGGUUGUGUCCGAGUCCUCGGACGUCAUCGAGGAUUCUGAGUGAGCACUGCUCUGUUCUGCUCGUGGUCUAGGCUACCUAGAAUGAAUCCAUUUUCACUCACUCACAGAUUCACCAAAAAGGCCCCGCUGGUAACUUUUUGUUUACAAAAUGAAUUGCAUCUGAAAAGCACUUAGCCAGCAAAGUAGCUAGCUACUGCCGUUACUAUUUUGUCUCUUUUUGACAAACAAUAAAUCUAAUGCUAGCUGCUGCUGUCUAUUGCCGAGUUUGCAGUUACUUCAAGGACUUUGUCAUGCAAAUGAGCUAGAUUACUUGCUACCCAUUUCCAAUGCUAAAUCCUAAUAUCUAAUACUUUUCCAGUAAAACUAAAUCUCCUAACAUUUUCUUAGCAUAAAUUUAAUCCACAGACUAAAUACCACCUGGUUUAUCAGGAGAAUUCAUAUUAAGCCAUUAUGCUUCUAUAUAUUGUAACUACAUAGGCCUAUUACAGGUCAGGUCAUGAGGAAAUCUGCAGCAUGUAGCUGCCUGACCAGUUACUGCAGAGCAUUUUCAAUUGCAAUUCUUGCCUGAAUGUCAGUUUCACUAUCUUUACCUACUACUAAGUAUUGGCAUACAGGGAAAAUGCAACCUCCCCUUUUCGUGUUUAAAAUUAUUUUGAGGCACUGAUUGAGGUCCCCUGUUAAGGUUCUGUUCUUUUUACUCCAUUUGAUUUGUAAGAACACAAGAAUAAAAAAGAUGAGAACAGGCCAUUCAGCCCAUCUAUAUACUGUACUCCCAGUGCCUCACAUACAUACACAGGUCAGAUCUAAAGCAAUGCUAUGGAUUAAAUCAAAAGCUCUUUUUCUGUUCUUGAAAGCUGCGUGCCUCUGUAUUAGACAGGUGUCAAACUCCAGUCUGCUGGUUUUCGGGGUGUUUACAGCAUCAGUGAAUAAUUUAAGUCAAAGAUUGGCUGAAGAAUCCACACACCUUUUUCCCAAGGCCUUAUUUGGUAGCUGAUUGAAAAGGAAAUCACAAAAACCAACUUGUUUGACACUCCUGCUGUAUUUGAUGCUGGAAGCCUUUCUGUAGCUGUUUCUUCCUGUCAGUCUACGUAUGGUGGCAGUCUGAACAGUCCACAGACACAGGGUCCGUCAUCUUCAUUGUCCUCUCUAUCACAUGCUCAGUCAUUCUGUGUGCCCCCCCCCCCUUCUGCUACCCAGAACAAUAAAACAGUUUACUGUGACAUCACAACA